UUUUUACCACUAGGUAUAAAUCAAGAUUUCCAUUUUUUUCAUGAUACAAUUCUUCUAAAAGAUGUGUGGAAUCAUUUAUAAUUUUACCUGAGGGGAUUGUAUGGAAUAGAAAUAGGUAAGAUGAUUUGACAGGCCCUUGCCAUUUCUCCGCCAGUGCCCCGCUAAAAUAUUUUUCUCACGAGCUUUUCACGUGCGAUAACCCUACUCCGGACCAUCGUUCAGAUCUCUGUACUUUUUGGUUUACAAUAAAUUAGAGCAUAGAGUUACUGUGUCUUUAGAUAUGGAUCCCAAAAUGCCCAAAGCCGCGAAACCUAAGCGUCGUAAGAAGAGCCAGUCUAGAACGGAAGGUAUGUGUAUCCCCAUGUUUUGAAUCAACUUCUAGAUACUAAUAUCUCAAUAGUAACAUCCAUAUCCGACAGUGAGAGUGACAUUGCUACUAAAUCUCAAUCCUCCAAGCCAAAAGUUCAACCAGCAGCCACCAAAUUAGUCUCUCAAACCAUACCAACUCCGACAAUCAAAACUCCAUUUGUAACUUACCCCAACGCUUCCCCGUUAUCUUCUUGCUUCUAGCCUUAUUAACAUAUCCCAGAAACCAAAUCUGGUGAAAGAUUCAGCUCUUGUCGAGAAAUUCACGUCGCAUUAUCUUCAACGCGCUACUAUCGAGUUCUCCGAGGAUUUAGAUAAGAUCCGUGAAGCGGAUGAUUUUAAUGAGAAUGCGUUGCAGAUAUUGGUGCAUGCAUUGAAGCAGGGAACGGAAGUUUGGGGCGAGGAGGAGAUGAGAAGGGUUGUUGGGUAGGGUGUGAGUGCGCGUUUUGAGAGGGGAGUGGUGACUGGGGAAGAAAGGAGGACGAGCGGGAUAGGACGAUGACGGCGUCUCUGAUCCGGGACGGACAGGAAGACGGGCACGAGCACUUUCUUGAAAGACUUCUACGAUUCUGAUAAUGAAAGCAGCGGGAUUAAGGCUGUAAUUGUAAUGGUCGUGGAGUCUGCAAAGAGUAGACACUUCGAAGAACUCGAAGUAAACGCAUGAAAUGAGAGUAGCUACAGCCUGUAUGGGAGUUCAAGACUGUGUACUAGAGACGCGCGACUCCAUAUAUUUUGCUGGAUAAGCAAAUUUGCCUGGUCUGGUGGUCACACUAUCUGUGGUAAGAGGAAAUCACUUGCAUGGACUUUAUCAAUGGCGUACGGUUUUAAAAUGGAAGCCAAAAGCACUGUAAUAUUGGUUCAAACGGAGGGUGUACAAAUUCAGUAGAGGAUAUUACAUAUCAUGCAUGAUCACAUCCUCACUGGCAGUCAAUCAUUCAUGAUUCAUCAAAAAUAAACUAUAGUG